UAUAACGCGAAACUGCAGAAACACCACCAUCCCUACCACCAACGUUUCCGCGGUGUCGAUCGUAGAAGGACGUUCCGAUCGGGAUUCAAUGGCGGCAGCUCGACGCCUCCGGGAUCUCCAAUCGCAACCAGCGAACAAGAUCUGCGUAGACUGCUCCCAGAAGAAUCCGCAAUGGGCCUCCGUCUCCUACGGCGUUUUCAUGUGCCUUGAGUGCUCCGGCAAGCACCGCGGCCUCGGCGUCCACAUCUCCUUCGUCCGAUCCGUCACCAUGGACUCCUGGUCCGACAUUCAGAUCAAGAAGAUGGAGGCCGGUGGCAACGAGAACCUCAACUCUUUCCUAGCCCUCCGAGGAAUCCCUAAGGAGACCAAUAUCGUCUCCAAGUACAACAGCAAAGCCGCCGCCGUCUACCGCGACAGAAUCCAGGCGUUGGCCGAGGGCAAGCCUUGGCGGGACCCGCCCGCCACCAAGGAAACCCUCGGCGGCAGCGGUGGAAGCGGCGGCGGCGGGAUCGGCAGAAAGCCGCCGCUUUCUCAAUCCUCGCCCAAGGAUAAUGGUGGCUGGGAUAGUUGGGAUAAUGACGAUGCGAUUAGAUCCUCCGAUGACCUGAGGAGGAACCAAUCCAUCGGCGAUUUCAGGGCUAAUGGUAGCGGCGCCAUGGCCGGUGGUCGCCCGAGGUCGAGAUCGACCGAGGAUAUUUAUACCAAAUCGCAAUUGGAGGCCUCUGCUGCUAAUAAAGAAACCUUCUUUGCCAGAAGAAUGGCAGAGAAUGAGUCGAGGCCCGAAGGUCUGCCGCCUUCUCAAGGUGGCAAGUAUGUAGGGUUUGGAUCGGGCCCUCCGCCUUCUCAGAUGAAUAAUUCACAACCAGACGUAUUGUCUGUUGUCUCUCAGGGAUUCGGCAAGUUGUCUCUGGUGGCAGCUUCAGCAGCCCAGUCAGCUGCUACUGUUGUCCAAGCAGGCACCAAAGAAAUCAGCUCUAAGGUCAUGGAAGGUGGUUAUGAAUACAAGGUGAACGAAACUGUCAAUGUUGUGACUGCAAAAACAACAGAGAUUGGACAAAGAACAUGGGGGAUUAUGAAAGGUGUCAUGGCACUGGCUACACAGAAGGUGGAGGAAUAUGCCAAAGAUGGCGGGUGGAAGAAUGAGAAUGAGAGUAACGGUUAUUAUCAAGAGUUCAAUAAGCAAGACAAUAGAGGAUGGAAUUCUAACCCUGGUGCUGCAGCAGGACAGUCUUCAUCAGGCGGAAAUUAUAACUCAAGUGGAAACUACAAUUCGAGUGGCACCUACAAUUCAAGUGGAGGCUACAAUUCGAGUGGCAACUAUAAUUCAGGUGGGAACAAUAGCACUUCUCAUAGUUCAUGGGAUGAUUGGGAUCAGAAGGAGACCAAGAAGGUUGAUAACAAAAAACCCACUGGAUCAAACAGUGAUGGUGAUGGAUGGGCUGGAUGGGAUGAUGGGAAAGAUGACGGAUUUGGUGAUAACUUCUACCAGCCUCCUGCAAAUAACAACAAAGCCACUGGCCACAAUGGCAAAGCAGAUUCUUCAUGGACUGGCGGAGGUUUUGAUUAAGGAUUCCGUCGGCUUUCAAUUUAGCCCAGAUCCUGGGUUUUCCCUGUAAUGAUGGUGGGCUCGUAAAUGGUGGCAAAUUGGAUGGUGAGGAUGUAACAUUUCAAUUUCACCGGCAGGCAAAUGUAGGGUGGCUGUGGAUCAGAUCCUCAACAAUUGAGGGGAUGCAUCCAUCGAGGUUGGUAUAUUUUUCUGAAGAAAUGUCGGAUCUUUUGCUGUCUUUUUUUUUAUAUUGUCUCUUCUUUCUUGGUGGAAAAAAAUUUAUUGGACCUUCAUUCCUUCAAGGGAAUAUCUGGAGUGUUAAACAGGGAGAAUUCUAGCCCCCCACCCCUUCCCCAUCAGAAGGGGAUUGGUUCUUAUUUCUUCUUCUUUUCUUCCUUUGCUGAAUUGGAAUACUGCCUGGGGGAUU